ACAAGUUCACACGCAAGGUGUAGUAGGUGUGCCACAAGCCGACGCUAUGGCCUCUAGGAUGCUUGCCCGCUCAGGAGUGGCUGCUGGAAGGAGAGUGGCAGCGACAUCUGCGUCGGCUGGGGCGCGACGGAGCGCAUCGAACUUGAAACCAGUAGACCAGAACAAGGCCUACUUCCUGAAUCUGGGACCCCACUACAAGAAGGAGGGAUGGGAGGGGAUCAUGGCGGCGACUUGGGUGGCCAGCGCGGUGAUUCUUAUUGCUGGAGUGGGCUACGGCCCAGAGACGGGCAUUAAGGAGUGGGCUAGAGACGAGGCACUUGCUAGGAAUGUGCGUGAGGAGCAGGGGCUGCCGGUAGAGUACGGAAAGAUCUACUCCCAACAGCCCAGGUACACGUUUACAGCAGCCGAACUCGAUGAUGAGGAUGAGGACGAUGACGAUGAUGACGAUGACGAAGAUGACGAGUAAUCGUUUCGUUCGGUCUUCCAAGUGGUGGGCAGUAGAUCAAUUUGCCGAUUUCAUUUGUGAUGAGGAUUGGUCGGUCCACUCUCUGGUUGACUACAGUAUCCACUGCUGUGGUCAAAAAUGUUCGUCUAAGGAUGUAGUCGGUUAGUGUGCAUCGAUGCAGUUGUUGGUUUUUCAUGCGGCCGUGAGUGUCAUUGAAAAGAAAUGUUGUGCACGGCAAGAUUGGAGAUUGGCAGCGCACCACUUAAGAGGCAAGGAGAGGUAGGAUGGGAUGGGGCCCCGUACACCCAUGGCCGUAACAUUGCAUAGCCAUUCACGAUUGUACUCUGCCUCCAAGAACGAAGUUCCCAAUAUCGUUAGCGUUACCACGCGCUGCGAAGAAGGUUCCGUGACAUGGACUAAUAUAAGUUUGCGGGGGAUCGGUAACUGAAUGGCAUCCACGGAGCCCCUCGAGAUGGCUGCGGGUCCAUCAGCAGGGACGGCGGCGGCGGCGGC